GCAGCGACAUGUGGAACACGAGCCUGCGUACUUGCGGCAUGAGUCGUGCAAAGAUGAGCGGGACGGCAUGCACGGGUACAUCGCGCUGCUGUCCGCCCACACGGAGCGCGUUCGUCUGCGCGAAGCGCUCGGCGGCACGGGGGUCCGAGUCGUUGAGGGCGAAAGCGGCGAGGGAGUCGAACGCCACGCGACUGGAGAUUGCGAUGUCUCUGUAGAGGAGGCGUAUGCUCGCCUGGUACCAUGCCUUGCAGACUAGCACGCAGCUGCUUAGGCUCCCUUGAGACAUCCUGUCCAUGAAGAGUUCGACGACUUCGAAUGGG